AUGUCUAGGACCGAACUAGAACACAAGGAUGAUGAAGCAACCAUUCCAUUCAGCGACUCCCUGCAUUUCUCUGACCAUCCUGUUCCCCGUCGUCUCACCAGCUCGCAGAAAAGGGCCAAUCAAUGGCGCAGAUGGUCAGAUGACAUCAUUCCGCGCAUGAUAGUGCCCUAUCUAUCUUAUAUCGAGGAGACUUUAUCGCUACGCCAUGCCAACGUACCAGGAGAACGCCAUUCAAAUGAUGGAGAGUGCGGGACUGGGUGCAGAACUCGUAGUAUCAAGGUUGCAUGCAUACUUUUCAACACUUUCGAAGAAAUCACCAUCAUCGCCUGUCCUUGUUUUCCCGCCCCGCUUCAGCUUCUUCGUCGCGGCCUUUUUCCAUGUGCACCCAUGGUUCCCUCUCUAGCAGUAGACUUACGAGUUCUGGAGUUCGUUCGCCUCCUCUUCGUUCGUCAGUCCCCCAACCAAACUGCUUGGUGCGAUGCUCUGGAGACCUUUCUUGAUGGAAUGAGGUACAAGUUGACAUCGAAGAAUAGCUUGCGGCAUCGCUUCAGCAAUGCGUUUCACUGGUACAGGGUCUUGACUGUGUUGGCUCGGGAUCACAUCUCUACCCUCAUUACUGAUGCCCGGAAGGACAGUUCUCGUGUGGACCAGCCUAGUGAGUAUCUUCGUUCGCGGUGCCCACUCUGUUUCGGAGGGAACGAUUGGCGAAACGAAGUGAGAGGUUCUCCUUCCAUGCCAAAUAUUAUUGUGUGCAUUGACGCGUGCUUCACACAAAAACGUUCCACAAAUCCUCGCGGUGCUACUGGCAGCGAUCCUCCUAACCCAACAUCGUCUUUUUUUCUACCCACGGCCGAUGUGAACGCAAUGGAAGAUUUUGUUCAAAGGUGUCGUGGAGAAGGACGUCAAGCAAGGGCCUCCAGGGCGGAGCCAGACGAAGAUUGCUAUGAAGAGGGCAUGCGCGUACCAGUGUCGGUCUUGAACGGGUGUGGAGACUCUUUUAUCGCUGCAGACGAAAAGCGAGAGAAGGCAAGUACUCGCUUCUUUACCGAUACAGGCCUGAUGGCCUUGCUUUGUAGACACGAUCGUGUCCUGUGGGUCGCGAACCUCACAUCGGUGGGAGAAAAACAACACUAUGCGCUUGCCCUAUUGGACCAGUUGUUUAAACAUCUCCCUGCUCAGAUGACGAUCGGGCUUCUAUAUGACAUUGGAUGCCAGCUCGAACGGAGCUGUCACAAGUGGAAGUUCAUGGACGACAAUACUCUAUCUCGCAUUGCGUUUGCCAUUGCCAUAUUCCAUGCCUAUGGUCACCAGUGGCCUUGUCAGAUCGUCUACCACCCCAGGAAGCGAGAAGGAUUCGGACUGUCUGACGGUGAAGGAUGCGAACGACUGUGGAGUUUCCUCAAGCCCCUCAUCCCCUCCUUGCGUGUUUCUGGGUUCAAUCAGCGGCUUUUCGUCCUUGACACACAAAUUCGUCAUCUGGACUCGAAAUCAUUGCAAGGCUUUGGACAUUGGCUCCAUCGGCGCUGGAUCCACUGUCAAACGAAGAAAAACGGUGCACUGGACAGUUUACAUGAUUUGCAGGUGGACGAGGAUAUGCUUCGUGUAGAAUGGAAGGCUCAGGUUGAUCACCAGACGAGACCCGCACCACGACAAUCUAGAAACAAGGCGGCGGAGGUGAUUACUACCGUCCUAGCACUGGAGAAGACCUUAGAAGCUCAGGAGGCUUCUAUCCGUGAGCUCGAGAUGCAGCUCCAUAGUGGCCGUGUCCCUGACAUUGUCGAGUUCAACCUGCAGCUUGCAGACAUCCGCUCACGGCGAGCGAAAACUGCUGACACUCUCCGACGACGUCGAGCUGCACUUGGAACAGAGGACAAGGUCAACCUGCAGAAGAUGAAGAAGGAUAUAUAUCUUACGGUUCGCUUGAAUGCCCUUGCAGUCAAAACUCAUAUUCGCGACCGCCUUCGUCAACGCAAGUUUGAGUUGGAGAGACUCGAGAGAUCUUACAGGGCAACAAUCAAUGCCGAGCACAAGCUUCAUGCCAAUACUCAGCAGUCGAUCAAGCGGCAAGAGCCCGGCAUCCUCAAAUUAGUUUCAACGUACAAUGGUCUGUGUUCUCAACUACGAUCUCUGAUACGCCAGCGUCGAGCACCUCCUUAUGCUAUUAUGCCUCACAUCAUCCCGCGGGAUGGCAUCUUUCUGCUCGAUGUUGAUGACGACAUCUGGCAAGAUGUCGGGCUUGAUGAUGACACUAUGGCGCCGCCAGCAUGGCUAUCAGAUGAUGCCGUCCGAAAUGGCAUCCGCUUGCAACUUGAGGUUGAUCGGUGCGUGGAGGAGGAAGCUCGACUGAUGCAUGAGAGGGCUGUCAUUCAAGAAUGGAUGUUGGCGGAGUGGGGGGCAAUAAGAGGUGCCUCAAACAAUGCAGUGACAGAUGCAGUCAUGUCUUUCCACCUUCGGUCUCAUGCGGAUGAACUUGUAAACAUAUGUGUAGUCUGGAAGAAAAAGGUUCAGUGUAUUCCUUGCGCAUGGCCAGUUGGUGAGAGCUGGGGACCCUCUGACGAAGCAUUGCUUCAGGCCGCUCGUGAUCAAGCGCAGUCAUCCUUUCGUGAUGAGGAUGAUGCUGAGAGUGUGGAAGGGGAGGAAGGUGAUUGUGAGGGAGACCUGGAAUAUGGUGAGAUCGGAGACGAGGAACUGAUGGAUGCUAUUGAAGACAUUGCACUAGCGGACGAGUACAGGUAUGAUUACAGUAACGAGUUAGUGGAUGACACGGAUGACAUUGAUGAUCACUAUAUGCCUUCCUCCCCUAUUAAAUUGUCAAAUAAACGUCGGUGCAUAUAG